CAAACAUUUUCCACGCCCAACCCCCCUAAAUUGCAAACCUUUUUUCGGUUCUAAUCCCACGUCCCCUCUUAAACUCAAUUUUUCUUUUUUUGCCCUUUCCAAAUAUAAAGACAUGGAAACUCUUAUUAUUAUUAUUAUUAUUAUUAUUAUCAAUUGUAAUUAUCAUUUUAUUAUUCAUUCCCUCUCACUCACUAUUUAUUUAUUUAUUUAUUAUUUAUUUAUUUAUUUUCUCAGAUCUACGACACUCUCCCCUCCGACACUUUUCGCACUCUCCCCACUCCUCCCCCGCUGCUCUCUCUACUCACUCUCGCCUCUUCGCUUCCUCCCACAGUAAUCUAGGGUUUUCAUCGCCUCCGAAAUCGAAUCGGAGCGUUUUGGCGUCGAAUUUCGCGGAGAUCGAGCUUCUGUGAGCGGAUCCGCGGCUCCGUUCCUCGGUGGAACAUCCACCAAUCUCUUUCCCUGGAGGUUUUGCCCGCGAUUUCAUUCGUGGACCGAGACCUUCCAAUUCUAUUGCUGUGGACCAAUACAUGGCAGUAGAUUAGAUAUUGUUCCUGCGUCUUCGCUAACGUGCGCCAUUUGAUCGUUGGGGCCUCUUUAAUUUAUAAUCAGUGUGAGCUACAAUUUGCUUCACAAUGGGUGCUUCAGUUCUGAGGCCGUCUACGAUUAUUUACGAGCAGUUAUGAUCUCAAAGAAAAGUACUGUUGUGCUUUUUGCUUAAAUUCUGUGUACUGUAUUAAAGAGGUAGUUAAACGGAAAUUAAAAUUAGGCUACACAAUGAGGGGGAGAGCUGACGCGGCGCAGAGUAAAAAAUUAGUUACCUCACUUUGUAUCGUGAUUGUCUUUGUUGGUUUACUGUUUCUGUACAAUGGUUCAUUCUUUGGGCGCAAAGGGCAACCAGCUAGCGGUGCUUUUGAGUACAGGAAUAAGAUCUCACGCUCGUUAGGGUGGGGUAGCGAUGACGAUGGUGAGGUCGGUAAAAUUGAUGAAUCCAUUUUUGCACAUGAAGGUGGAGAUAACAAUGUCAGGCUUAAGAACUUUCCUGUUUGUGAUGAUCGGCAUUCUGAGUUGAUUCCUUGCUUGGAUAGAAACCUCAUUUAUCAGAUGAGGCUGAAACUGGAUUUGAACCUGAUGGAGCACUACGAAAGGCAUUGCCCUCAGCCGGAGAGGCGCUACAAUUGCUUGAUUCCUCCUCCACCUGGCUAUAAGGUUCCAAUUAAAUGGCCAAAAAGUCGGGAUGAAGUCUGGAAGGUAAACAUACCUCAUACUCACCUUGCUCACGAAAAGUCGGACCAGAACUGGAUGGUUGAUGCAGGUGAAAAAAUUGUUUUUCCGGGAGGAGGAACUCACUUCCAUUAUGGAGCUGAUAAAUAUAUAGCAUCAAUUGCAAAUAUGCUAAAUUUCACGAAUAACAAUCUAAACAACGAGGGGAGGAUGCGGACAGUUCUUGACGUCGGUUGUGGUGUUGCAAGUUUUGGUGGAUAUCUACUUUCAUCUGAUAUUAUUGCAAUGUCUUUGGCACCCAACGAUGUACACCAAAACCAGAUCCAGUUUGCCCUAGAAAGAGGAAUUCCUGCUUAUCUCGGUGUUUUAGGGACUAAACGGCUCCCAUACCCUAGUAGAUCUUUUGAACUUGCCCAUUGUUCCCGUUGUAGGAUUGAUUGGCUUCAAAGGGAUGGAAUCCUACUUCUUGAGGUAGACAGAUUACUUAGGCCAGGAGGCUAUUUUGCUUAUUCAUCUCCUGAAGCAUAUGCACAGGAUGAAGAGGAUCUCAGAAUUUGGAAAGAAAUGAGUUCACUUGUAGAGAGGAUGUGCUGGAAAGUUGCAUCUAAAAGAAAUCAAACUGUUAUUUGGGUCAAGCCUUUGAAUAAUGAUUGCUACAUGAGCAGAGAAGCUGGUAUGAAGCCACCUCUGUGUAGAACUAAUGACGAUCCAGAUGCAGUGUGGGGUGUGAUGAUGGAAGCCUGUAUUACUCCUUACUCAGAACAGAUGCAUAGAGCCAGCGGAAGUGGAUUGGCUGCUUGGCCUGCUCGCUUGACAACCCCUCCUCCCCGUCUAGCUGAUCUCCAGAUUACCACUGACACAUUCGAAAAGGACACGGAGACGUGGCAACAAAGAGUUGACAGCUAUUGGAGCCUAUUGAGUCCAAAGAUCAAGUCGGACUCUCUAAGGAAUUUGAUGGACAUGAAGGCAAACAUUGGAUCAUUUGCUGCUGCAUUAAAGGACAGGGAUGUUUGGGUGAUGAAUGUCGUGCCUGAAGAUGGACCGAACACCCUCAAGAUAAUCUAUGACAGAGGCCUCAUAGGCACCACACAUGACUGGUGCGAAGCCUUCUCAACCUACCCUCGGACCUACGAUCUUCUUCAUGCAUGGACGGUGUUCUCCGACAUUGAGAAGAGGGGAUGCAGUGCUGAGGAUCUGCUCAUUGAGAUGGAUCGCAUACUUAGGCCAACUGGGUUUAUUAUAGUGAGAGAUAAGCGACCGGUAUAUGAUUUCAUCAAUCAGUACUUAAAAGCAUUGCGGUGGGAAUUGAUAACUUCAGUAGAUGCCGAGCCCAACUCAGACUCAGAGAACAACGAGAUGAUUCUUGUGAUCCAGAAGAAGAUGUGGAACCCUCACAGAAGCUUGAUGGAUUCAGCAUAAAUUUUCCAUCUAUUUUGUUCGCCUACUUAGUAAAUGCAGCUUAGGUCGAAAAAGUGUGGCCUGAGUGUUCUUCAGUUUGUUGUUUCAAGUUUUAUUAUAUUUUUCUUUUUCUUCUUUACAUUUUACGCUACGAAGCUUGACAUUGAUUUUUAGGAAUAUUAUUUUUAGGCCUUGCCAGCUGAUUUGUCAGGUAGCAUCUAAUAUUUUGAGCAGCCUAAGGUACUAUUUUUCUUUUUAGAAGAAAUUGGUGUUGUUUAUGUUUGGUUUUUUUUGGUUGAAGUAAUAAGAAAAUUGUUUUCUUUUAA